AUUUUGUUGAGCUUUGCAAAAUUGUGGCCUGUCCACCGUGUCUCCGAGCUGCCCUGGAGGGAUGGAGGCAGCGGGAGCUGAGCGAGGGGCAGGCAGUCCCAGCUCAACAGGUGGGGGGCACUUGUCACAGGCAGGAAGAGACCUGGAUUCCGCACCGGCUGGCGAGCUACAGCUGAGAAACAAGCCCUUUGGCAGAGGAGAAUCAGGAAGGGAAAAGGCUGCAGAUGGCUCUGUUCAGGCCCUGAUCACGUUUGACGAUGUUGCCAUCUAUUUCUGCAAGGAGGAGUGGGAGGAGCUAGUGGAAUGGCAGAAGGAGCUCUACAGAGACGUGAUGAGGGACAACUAUGAGACUUUGAUCUCCCUGGUGCCAGGUCCUGCAGCUACCAAACCUGCCCUUAUCUGGCUGAUAGAACAAGGUGAAGAGCCAUGUGCCCGGACUUGCCAGGACUCGGGGGAAGGAGGCAGUGCGAGGUACGUUUCCUCAGCCCAUGAGCUCAUCUCAAGAAAUAAUGAUAAGGAGUCUCUAGAGAUGUUGGAUGAGCACAGGACCUUGCCACGAGAAGCCAGGGCAAGUGCUUUCCCAGGCUGUGGUUGGGGUGUGGGCGAGGGGCAGCCUGGGUCAGAAGGACAGCAGAAGCCAGCAGGAAACCCAAGUGGUGGAGCGAAUCGGUGUGGCAGAGGAUUCAGUGAAGUGGAAGAUGCUGCUGCCUCCCCAAGAACCUCCCCAGAGCAGAGAUUGCACUGCUGCAUGGAAUACAAUGAACGCUUUCCUCACCUGUCGCAUGUAACCUAUCACUCCAGAGCCCAUGCUGGGGAGAGACCCCAUAAGUGCCCCACCUGCGAGAAGGAAUUCAGCCGGCGUGCACACCUUAUUCAGCAUCAGCAGGUGCACACCAGGGAGAGACCCUACAGCUGCCCUGAGUGUGGGAGGGGCUUCAGCCGCAGCUCUAAGCUUAUGGAGCACCAGAGACUCCACACAGGGGAGAGACCCUACGAAUGUCCCGAGUGCCAGAAAAGCUUCAGCCAGAGCUCCAGGCUGAUCAAACACCAGAGAAUCCACACAGGGGAGAGGCCCUUCCAGUGCCCCAGGUGCGAGAAGAGCUUUGCAGAGAGCACGAGCAUGCUGCAGCAUUACAGAGUCCACACGGGGGAGAGGCCCUACACGUGCAGCUACUGCCAGCAGAGCUUCAGCCGAGGCUCGCGGCUGGCGGAGCACCAGAGGGUCCACACUGGGAAAAAGCCCCAUCAGUGCGGCGAGUGCGGGAAGAGCUUCGGGAACCGCUCGACCCUCACCACCCACUACAGGACCCACACGAGCGAGAGGCCCUUCACAUGCGGUGAGUGUGGCAAGAGCUUCAAGCAAGGCUCGGCGCUGAUCGCGCAUCGGAGGAGCCACACCGGAGAGAGGCCCUUUACAUGCACAGAGUGUGGGAAAAGCUUCGCUCUGAGCUCACACCUGAUCAAACACCAGAGAAUCCACACGGGGGAGCGACCCUUCCAGUGCCCCGAGUGCGAGAGGAGCUUCGUGCGGAACUCGCACCUCACCGAGCAUCGCCGGAUCCACACCGGGGAGAGACCCUACCAGUGCCCUGAAUGCAAGAGGAGCUUCCGCCGCAGCUCCCGGCUCGUUGAGCACCAGAGGAUCCACACAGGAGAAAGACCCUACAAAUGUCCCCAGUGCGAGAAGAGCUUCAGCCGCAGCUCGGCCCUCAGCGAUCACCGCCUCCGAGUCCACGCGGAGGAGGACAGCCCCUCCGAUCAGCCGAACGCCCCCGGAAGGGAAAGAGGCUACCAGUGCGGCGAAUGCGAGAAGAGCUUCUUUCGGAGAUCCCGUUUUGUUGAACACCGCAGAGUCCACACAGGAGAGAGGCCCUUUAAGUGUCCCGAGUGCAAGAGAGGCUUCCGCUCCAGCACAACCCUUACCAAACACUCCAGAAUCCAUACAGGGGAAAAGCCUUACAAGUGUUCUGCAUGCGAGAAAUGCUUUGUCCACUGCUCCAAGCUGAUGGCACAUCAGAGGAGCCACACCACAGAGAAACCCUUUAAAUGCAACGAGUGCGAGAAAAGCUUCACUCAGAAGUCGGGCCUCAUAGAUCAUCAAAGGAUCCACACGGGAGAAAAACCCUAUCGAUGUCCCACCUGUGAGAAAAGCUUCAGCAGGAGCUCGACACUCAUUCAGCAUCAGAAAAUCCACAUGACAGACAAACCCUAUAAGUGUCCUGAGUGUGAGAGAGGCUUUAGACGACACGCACAUCUCAGAGAACACCAGAAAACCCAUGCACCAUAGGAACUGGCUGAAUUUAGCACACAGAGCUAGCCACUGAAGGCGGAUGUAUUCCUGUCAGCGUUCGGGAAGUGCCAUCAGCAGUAUUUCUAGAGCUUGGGAGACUUGUUUCAUGACGAAAAGGAAAUAAUUGUAUUUUGGGACAGUUGGGAACGAACAAGGAAAUUUGGUGCAAAUAACUAGUGCUCCUGGAAUGUUGAGGUUGAGAAAAUAAGCCGUCCGAAGCCAGGCAAUGCAGAGUUAAGUGCAGCCUUACCGUUGUCCUCUUGUGCUUAUCCCUUUACAAACAGGAUUUCUCUUGAUUAUAAAAAGAUUUGCCAAUUAAUGUAACAGAUACAAACAAGAAUUUCUUAUGCAGCCCUGCAGACAAUAUAUCACAGUAUAGCAUAGCUGAGGCAAUGGGGUUGGCUUGCUUUUUUUUUUUUUUUUAAAGUCUCAGUGAGAUCUGCAAGACAAGUGAAAUUUAAUGUUCCGUAACAACACAGUAGCAAAUAUUGUAAAUUGACUGGCACAGAGUGUGAAGUGACCAGGUGUUCGAGGUUAUCUCAGUGGCCGGUGCCUGAGCAUGCA